GCCAAAAAGAAAUUUCCAUCUUUUCUCUAUUGAAGCAUUGAAAAUAUUUCAAAAGAAAAACCAAUAAAAAAAAAUGGAGAACCAAAAGCCGCUCCAAAACGGGAAUAAUGUGGCCGGCGAUGAUCGCCGCCGCGUCGGCGAUGGAUCGGCGUUGAUUUUCCUUGGAACAGGUUGCUCCAGUGCCGUUCCGAACGCAAUGUGCUUGAUCCAGCCCUCCGAUCCUCCUUGUCACGUUUGUUCUCAAUCCCUCUCUAUCCCUCCCGAACAUAACCCUAAUUACAGGUGUAAUACAUCUUUGCUUAUAGAUUAUUGUUCGACCAAUGGUAUGCAUAAUUAUAUUAUAAUUGAUGUUGGGAAGACAUUCAAGGAGCAAGUUUUGCGAUGGUUUACUUUCCACAAGAUUCCUCGAAUCGAUUCCAUUGUUUUGACUCAUGAACAUGCUGAUGCAGUUCUUGGUCUGGAUGAUAUACGUGUUGUGCAACCACAUAGUCCUACGAAUGAUAUCGAUCCCACUGCAAUUUACCUAACUCAAUACGCGAUGGAUAGCGUUGCUGCAAAAUUUCCAUAUUUGGUUCAGAAGAAACUUAGAGAAGGCCAAGAAGUAAGGCGGGUGGCACAACUUGACUGGAGGAUAAUUGAGGAAGACUAUGACAAACCAUUUGUUGCUUCAGGACUAAAAUUUGUUCCUUUGCCAGUGAUGCAUGGAGAAGAUUAUAUUUGUUUAGGUUUUCUUUUUGGUGAAAAGUCUAAAGUGGCUUAUAUUUCUGAUGUCUCACGUUUUCCUUCAAACACAGAGUAUGUUAUUUCCAAAAGCGGCAGUGGGCAAUUGGAUCUUCUGAUAGUGGAUUGUUUGUACAAGAAAGGAUCCCAUAACGUUCACUUAUGCUUACCUCAGACUCUUGACGCUCUAAAGCGGAUAUGUCCUAAACGAGCUCUAUUAAUUGGAAUGACUCAUGAUUUUGAUCAACACAAAGACAAUAAGGUUCUCAUGGAAUGGUCUGAGAGGGAAGGAAUCCAUGUCCAACUUGCACGUGAUGGUCUGAAGGUCCCCAUAGACCUAUAAUUAGGUUUAUAGUUACGCAAUGAUCUCGGAAAAAAAAAUCAUCGUUUUCCAUACCACAUAGAAUUUGGUGGGAGAAGAAGAGCGAUUUGAUUAUGGUGAAAAGUAAAAUCAUUUAUGAAGCUUUUAGUAGCUCUGGUUUUUAGAGUUUUAUCAUAUAUACAUAAAAUUAUAUAGUAAACGAUAUCGUUUUAAUAAUUUUUUUACAAUUGAGAAAAGUCCAAAUUUAAUUGUUCCAACUUAUUUUAUCAGUAUAAUUAUAUAUCCAUAUUCGAUAA